UAUCCUAUUCAGCAUUUUUGGUGUAAAACAGAAGUGCAAGUGUAAAUUACUGUUAUGCAGUGAUAGUAAAUCUAGAUAAACGAGUGAAAAGUUUGAAGUAAAACACUAAUCAUGAUACUGAACACCUUUGAAAAUGAAAAGAAGCUACCCCUAAAUGAGUUGUUGCUUGAACGGGAUGAAGAUGGAGUAAAAAGAACGGUUCCUGCCUUGAACGAAAAAUGGAAAGAUUCACAUUGUUUUACCCGAUAUACUUCGCUUCCGAUUCGAAAUGGGUGUUUACUGCAGGAAGGAUCCGCCGGGCUAGACCAGUGGCUCAGCGAAACCGGUUGGUUCAUUAGGGACAUGGAAGGGCUGCUGGAACUGGAACAUUAUCGAUUUUGGUCCACGAUGGUGUACAACAAAAGCGCCAUCGAAGCCGUCAUUUCAUUCACUCAGUUAGCAGUUCCAUGCUACCUCUCCGGAGUGAUCCGUAGUUCGGAAAAAGUAGUGCCCGUUUAUUCGGCUGCCCUACGUGCAACGCUACAGGUUAUCUGCCGUAUGAUUACGCAGCGCGAGUCGGAUCGCUGCUGGAUCGCGAGAGAAUACCUCGGCGAUCUGUUGUACAAGCAUUACUUGAUAUCGGUUCCGCUACUGUUCGAUCUGCUGCCGGUGUAUGGGCGGGAAAAUAAGACGGUACUGACGCAGAUGUUGCAAACGAUUUUCAAAUUGCAACCAAAAUAUUGGUUUGAUUUGAAAACCGGUCUACAAUUUCUCCAGAAAACCUUCAACACCAUCCAGCAGCAGCUGGAAACCGAUCGCCUCGGCGGUCACUCUGCUGGCGCAGCCACGCUAAACGAUCUGGCGAUAUACAGCUUGGACUGUUGCACGGUGAUUUCCCUGCUAGUCGAGCUGUGUCCGGACUGUCGGCAAAUGUGCACCGAGCUGGGAAUGGAGCCCGCCAUCACUGGGUUCUACGAUAACAGUAUUGUCCCGUUGUACAAAAACGUUCACUCUAUGGAUAACGAUUCACCCUACCUAAAUUACCUGAACGCCGCACGGAUGGAACUGUUAGCGGCCUUUCGGGCAAUCAUGAAUCUUGAGCUGGAAACCGUUCUUAACAAUCCGGCCGAUAGUCUAGUGCCGGCGGACAAAUUUCUUUGCAUAUUAACCGAAUGCCUCUCGGAUCCAAUCUUCGUUAAAGACUACCAACGACACUAUUCCGUUGAGCGUGAUUUGGAUAUUUUGAAACAGGCUUGUCGUAAUCUAGACACAUUCAAGAUGAAAUUUGUUCAGGACGCCUAUUGUCAAGGUGAGACUGAAAAUGGUUUCACGAAUGGCUUUUCAGAACCAGUCCCAGAGGAUGAAGAAUGUUUCGGUGAAGCAGCGGGAGGUGUUGCCGCGCAAGAAACCGCGGAAAUUGCAGGUCCUUGUUCAAGUGGCUUGAAGCUCACACCGGAACAGCAGGUCGAUGUGAACGUUCAGAAAGUGCUAGAUGUUUUACCGCAUCUUGGUGAUGGUUAUGUUCGAAAGAUUUUGAGCAGAUACGACGACGUGGAGCAAGCGAUUGCAGCCGUGCUGGAAGGAAAUUUGCCUCCAGACUUGGCGAAAGCAGAUCCAACCGAGCCAUAUAUUCCAGCUGAUAAGCUUGACACGCUAUACUUGGAGACUGGAAUCGAGCGGCUGAAUGUGUUCGACGGAGACGAAUUUGAUGUGCUUGUGCACGAUGAGAUCAAAGGGGUGAUGAAAAAGGGCAAAGGUAUGCCUGGACAACCUAGAAAUUUGAAAGAAAUGUUGGAUGAUAAGAGUCACAUUCAGGAGAUGAAAAAUCGCUAUCAGGAAUAUACAAACGUAUGUGACGAGUAUGAUGAUGAAUAUGACGACAGUUUCGAUGCCAUGGCCGACAGUGAAUCGAGAGCUAAAGUACGCUUGGCUCCGGCCAUGCGAAAUUCAUUGGUCGACGAGUUUGAAGAUGAUGAAGAAGACGAACAGGAGUCCGAAGAACAACCACCCUCGUCGAUGGGAAGGAAACCACUCGAUUUCUGUGAAAACCCAGAGCUUGUUCGGCAACGAUAUGAAGAAAGAAGACAAAGUAAAUUUCACGCUCGACACGGCGGUCAGGGAACAGCGACAGCAGCAGCAUCGAGUGGAGGUCCCGGUAAGGACGUGAUUGGCAAGCCUAAGGGGCAAGGCCAGGAUAAGUCUGUACUUCAGAAUCGAAAGCACAAGGGCGAGAACAAGUCAAGCCGUGCGAAUCACAACCGGAAGCAGGGAGCCACAUUUAAACGUAGCAGAGGAAUGAUGCCAUCGUAAAAAAGGGUGAGUUCUGUCGAAUUUUUGUACGCAAUUGUAUGCAAUAAAUAUG